AUGUUGCUGGCCUCAUUAACAGGACAUGACAGAAGGAAGGUCAAGAUCUUGCUCAAUGUUCCAGCUAACAAGUUCCUGACAUUUGCGAGAAACGAAGAAAAGGAAGCAAAACACACAUACUUCUUGAUCUUCCAACCUCCUCGCGUUGAUGCCUAA